ACCAAAACGCUGGACAGCAUGACAUUCAAGGUACUCGUUUUAGCCGCCCUCGUGGCCGCCGCCCUCUCCAUCCCAGAUAAUCAGCCUACGUAUGGUUACUCCGCUCCCACACCUGCUUAUGCACCUGCCAAGUACGACUUCAACUACGCCGUCAAUGACCCACCGUCUGGCAACGACUUCGGACAUCAGGAAGCCCGUGAUGGCGAUAAUACACAGGGAUCUUACUACGUCCUUCUUCCUGACGGUCGUCUGCAGAGGGUCACCUACACUGUCAACGGAGACUCCGGUUACGUGGCUGAUGUCACCUACGAAGGAGAAGCUCAGUACUCCACCCCACAAGCCACUUAUGGUCCUCCUCAGCCUUCGUACAAGCCACCUACCCCCUCAUACGCUUAGAGAUAUUAAAGGAAAAUCAUUAUUAAUAUUAUAGAUAGAUAGAUAGAUGUGAUAUUAAA